UUCGCAAACUUUUCCUUCCCGUUUCCCUCGGGUCCUUAGCAAGCCGUCUCUGCUUGCUGCUUUAUCUCAGUCAGCCAGGAUCACUGUCUACAAGCUGCGGCAGAAGCGCAUAACCGCUAGUGGUCUUCUGUUUUGAAGCAACAAGCCCGAAGGCCUCGUUAUACCGUUAAGUUAAGUGCUUUUGGAGAGGUCGGUGGUAAAGAGGGCGUUGCCCCACAAGUGCAAGAUGAAGAGUCACUGGAUUAUAUUGCUCCUUUCAUUAGCUAUUGCAACAGUACAGUCUAACGACCAGCCCAAUCCUUGCGAUUAUAAAACAUGUUUCGGUAACGAAGUCUGUCAUGUCGUUGAGAACAGACUUUUGGAGUUUCCAGUAGCAGUGUGUGUACUUCCAGACGACAAGGCAGAGAAUGUUAACGGAGGCACAGAUUGUAAAAUAGUAACUAGUGGUACUAAUAUACUGAACUGCAAAACAGAGGAAGAAUGGGUCGCAGGUGGAGAAGGAGCAUGUGCUGAUGUUUCUAUGAGUCUCCGAUCAACAGAGGUAAAACAUGUCUGUCAUGAUUCAUCGCUUAGGCGGUAUCUGCAAGCUGAUUACGUCUGCUGUCCUAGGACCCAAGAAGGUGGAGAGAGGGGAGAGGGUGAUGACAAGAAGCAUCCAACACCAACUCCUCCAGUUUUGACAAGUACUCCACCUGGGGCACCCACACCACCAUCUCAAGGACAGAAAGAGUCUGACAAAGCCCAUACAGGUCAACCCACCAGUAGCAGCAGUGGCAGCAGUACUUCUGCAUCUUCCACUCCUACUGAAACCAGCGUAUCUCUAAGUGGGGAAGAUGCUGCAGGUGCUUCAUCGUACAUUGUGCCUAUCGUAAUUGUGUUAGCCUUUGCAUUCCUUGUUCUAAUAGUAUCAUAUUUAAUCUACAAGAAAAAGAAGAAAAAUGGCAAGGGAUCUGCUGCAAAGAAGCCUAUAGAUGCCACUGUAUUAGUUAACCCUAUCUAUGAUGGGGCAGCAGAUUAUCCUGACCUUUCAAACUACACUGAAGAUGUUCUUCCUUCUCCUAUACACGAAGAUUCUGACUAGCGAUAAAAUAGGACUAGAAAUUGGUUGGCAUAUAAAUCUCUACAUUAUGUAGCUUUAUAAAUAUUAUCAACUUAGGGAAAGAUUUUUUAUAUUUUUAUUACACUUUAUCACUUAUAUAGGGACAACAAUGUUAGUCUUUUUUAAUCCAGUUAUCACAUUUAUUAUUAUUAUUAUUAUUGAUUUUUGAUUUUGAAGAAUGCGAGCCCCUCCCUUUUGCGUGGGUGUUAAAAUUGUA